CAGUGGGAACAGCUAGGACCUCGGCGGGCUCCCCUGUGGCUUCGAGGGGACGUCGGAGCCAGGAGUCCCCGCCAGGAGUUAGACGACACCGGCGUGUGAGGGGCGAGGCGGAACACCAUGCAGGAUCCAAAUGAAGAUACAGAAUGGAAUGAAAUUUUAAGAGAUUUUGGCAUUCUUCCUCCAAAAGAAGAGCCAAAAGAUGAAAUUGAAGAAAUGGUUUUACGUUUACAGAAAGAAGCAAUGGUUAAACCAUACGAAAAGAUGACUCUUGCACAGUUGAAGGAAGCUGAAGAUGAAUUUGAUGAUGAAGAUAUGAGAGCUAUUGAAAUAUAUAGAGAAAAGCGGUUACAGGAAUGGAAAGCUCUUAAGAAAAAACAAAAAUUUGGGGAAUUAAGAGAAAUUUCUGGAAAUCAGUAUGUGAAUGAAGUCACAAAUGCAGAAAAGGAUGUGUGGGUUAUAAUUCACCUAUACAGAUCAAGCAUCCCAAUGUGUUCGUUGGUUAACCAGCAUCUUAGUCUCCUAGCAAGAAAGUUUCCUGAAGCUAAAUUUGUUAAAGCCAUUGUGAAUAGCUGUAUUCAACACUACCAUGACAACUGUUUACCAACAAUUUUUGUUUAUAAAAAUGGUCAGAUAGAAGGCAAAUUCAUUGGAAUUAUAGAAUGUGGAGGGAUAAAUCUCAAGCUAGAAGAACUUGAAUGGAAGCUAGCAGAAGUUGGAGCAAUACAGACUGAUUUGGAAGAAAACCCCAAAAGAGUCAUUGUAGAUGUGAUGGUAUCUUCAAUUAGAAACACUUGUAUUUAUGAUGACACUAAUAGCUCAAACAGUGAUAAUGAUGAUACCAAAUAGAAAUAUUUAAUAAAUAGCUUUAAAGUGUUUAUAUAUGGAAUAUUUUAUUUGCCACUGCCUUUAUAAUCAAAGAUCAGAAAAUUCAUAAAUAAAUUUCUUUUUUAUAUUAGAAUUAUAGCUUAUAUGUCAUUAUAAAAACUUUCAGGUAUUUUAGAAUAUUCAUUGCCUCCAACAAAUCUAGAAUUUGUACUGAACCCUUAAUAUUUGUUUGUGAUUUAUCUUUUUUCGGAUCCUUAUUGGACAAAAACAAAAAUAUUACAAGUCCUCUGUGUUGCCUGCUCACUUCCAAAGAGGCCUGUGGAUAAAAAUGAUGAAA